UGUCAACCUGUGUUUGUCGGUCAAUCUUUAUUCUCGCAAAGGCAAGCGAGCACAAAUAAAAAGGCAGUGUUGUUGUUGGGUCUCACCAGUAGAAUCCAAGACAAUAGAAGAAGAAAAAGAAGAAAAGAAAAGAGAGAGUUUAGUUUCUCAUUCUUGAUUCUUCCUUCACCACCCAAUGUGCACUUUCUUCCUUCUCCAUUCACCAACACCAACACCACCAACAACAACCACUACUCUCUCUCCGUACAUACAUAACGCAUAAACACACCAACCCUUCUUCCAACCUCAAACAAAAACUCUUUUUCAUCAUGGAACUGGCUUUGAGCUUAGGAGACACGUCGAAGUCUUUCACUUUACCCACUAAAGAAGCUUCAGGGUUCUGUGUGGCACCGAGUUUCACUGUGGGGAGAGGCUCUGAAGAGAAAAAAAGUGAUGAUGAGAGAAGGGGUUCUUCAGAUCCACCGCUUCAACUUGACCUUCUUCCUUUCACUCCGGUUCAAAGAUCCCAACCUCCUUCUCAGCUUCGAAUCCCUUGGCUCACCCAAGCAUGUGGGGCUGCGAGGGUGUUGGAUGUGAACCUUUUUCCGGCGGCGGCGGAGGACGGCGACGACGGGACAUCGUUGUCGUCGCCGAACAGCGCGGUGUCGCCGUUUCAGAUGGAUUUCUGCACAAGGAACGGUAAUGCGGAGUUUGGAGGAAGAAAUAAGAGAGAGCAACACGAGGGUGAGGGUUGUAGAGUGAGUGAUGAUGAAGAAAAUGGUUCAACACGGAAGAAACUCAGACUCUCUAAAGAACAAUCAGCUUUUCUAGAAGAAAGUUUCAAAGAACACACCACUCUCAAUCCCAAGCAGAAACUUGCUUUGGCUAAACAGUUGAAUCUCCGACCUCGGCAAGUGGAGGUUUGGUUUCAGAACAGAAGGGCAAGGACAAAGUUGAAGCAAACGGAAGUGGAUUGUGAGUACUUGAAGAGAUGUUGUGAGACACUAACAGAAGAGAAUAGAAGGUUGCAAAAGGAGCUUCAAGAACUGAGAGCGUUGAAAACUUCUCAACCAUUCUACAUGCAGCUUCCAGCCACCACUCUCACAAUGUGUCCCUCUUGUGAAAGGGUUGCCACAAAUUCCACCACCACUAACCAAACUUCCAACAUUAACAACGGUUCACAAAUCCCAGUGGAGUUGUCUCUCAGCAAGCCCAGAAUAUUGCCCUUCCCUACUGGCCAGGCCCAGGCGCAGGCCCAUCAGAUUGCCUCUUCAUGAUCUGGUUUUUUGUGGGUUUUUAUUACAUAUCAUAUAUACAACAUGAUAUGAUAUUUCAUAGAGGAUAAAGACAAAGUAUUCACUUCUCCUAUUUAUCGUUUGUAUAUAGUUUAGGCUUUUUCUUUAAUCUUCUUUCAUUCAUCUGUUUUUCUUACUUGGGUUGAAAGAAUUAUUAUUAUGAAUCAUCCUUUUUGUCGAUGGAUUAGAAUACACCAAACUUUUUGGUGGUGAAAUUGUGAAAUGAAAGACCUUUAUCUGUUUUUUGUUUU